UUUCCUGGGGAGAAGCUAAAAAAGUUUCUGUCUUCCUUAUGAUGUUUAACAUGCAAUUAAAGCAUAUAAAAUGCCCAAUGUCUCUUUUUAGGAAGCAAAUAUAAUUAAAAUGAAAGCUAAAUUUCUUUAGAGAAUUAGGACUAUAAUUGUUAAACAUAAACAGUGAUUCGAAAAGAUAUCCAGAGCACACAAGAAAGUAAUUUUAUGCAGGAUUCUUUUAGAAUGCAAAGACCCAGUGCUUUGGAGUCUGAUGUUUUUUUCCAGAGUAAAAGGAACAAGUACCAAUGAAAAGGACCGAUAAGAUUUCUCUCUUAAAUAGGAUUCUCUGAGAGAAGAAUGACUUUUGAAAAUGCUUCUAUGGUAAUUGAAUUCAUUCUCUUGGGGAUAACAGACCAACCUGACCUCAAAAUUCCAUUUUUCCUACUCUUUUUUGUAGGAUACAUGAUAACUGUGUUGGGAAAUUUGACCUUGAUCAUUUUAAUUGGGCUAAAUUCUCACCUCCACACACCCAUGUACUUUCUCUUGUUUAACUUGUCUUUCAUUGAUCUCUGUUAUUCUUCUGUGAUUACACCCAAAAUGCUGAUGAGCUUUAUACAAAAAAAGAAUAUUAUCUCUUAUACAGGGUGUAUGAUCCAGUUAUACUUCUUUUGCUUUUUUGUCAUUUCUGAGUGUUAUGUGCUGACCUCAAUGGCCUAUGAUCGCUAUGUGGCAAUCUGCAAUCCACUGUUGUAUAAUGUUACCUUGUCUUCUAAGGUAUGUUGUUAUCUGAUGCUUGGUUCGUAUUUCAUGGGAUUUUCUGGUGCCAUGAUACACACUGGAUGUAUUCUAAGACUGACAUUUUGUGAUGGAAAUACCAUCAACCACUAUUUUUGUGAUCUCCUCCCUUUGCUGCAAAUCUCCUGUACCAGCACCUAUAUCAAUGAGAUAGAGCUGUUCAUUGUAGCAGGAAAAGACAUAAUUGUACCCACUAUCAUCAUCUUUAUCUCUUAUGGCUUCAUCCUCUUCAGUGUUCUCAAAAUAAAAUCCACUGAAAGCAGGUCUAAAGCUUUCAGCACCUGCAGUUCCCAUAUGCUUGCUGUUUCUCUCUUCUUUGGAUCAGGUGCAUUCAUGUAUCUUAAACCUACCUCAGCUCUAUCUAUCAAUAAGGGGAAAUUCUCUUCUCUUUUUUAUACCAUUGUGGUUCCCAUGAUGAACCCUUUAAUUUACAGCUUGAGGAACAAAGAUGUUAAAGCUGCCCUGAGAAAGACUUUGAACAGGAGAAUAUUUUCAUCAUAA